AUGCCAUGGAAGCUACCUGAUAGUGGAUACCAGAAACUGAAUUUUGAUGCUGUUUUUGUGAAAGAAAAUAACUAUAUGGGCAUAGGUCUGAUAUUGUUUAAUGAUGCAAGUCAAUGUGGGGGAGCUCAAUCAAUCCAUGGGAUAGCUCAGGCUGAAGCUUUAGCAACCCUUGCAGCUAUAAAGUGGGCAAAAGCUGAAGCAGUGGAGAAUUUACAUUUAGAGUGUGAUUGUCUUAAUAUAGUCAAAGCCAUUAACGACAGUAUAGGGAGUGUCAUAUGGACAAAUAAUAAUGUUAUUCAAGAUUGCAGAACUUUGUUAGGGAGUUUUACAAGUUGGAGAUUCACAUUUGUGUAUAGAAAGUCUAAUGAAGUAGCAAAUAGUCUAUCUAGAAGGGCUAGAAACUCCAAAUUAGAUGAGUUUUGGGCUACAACCUUUCCUGGUUGGCUAAAAUCUCUUAUUAGAGAUAGAACUCAACGUUGA